AUGAUUGACCUAGUCGCUAAUUGCCCCUCGUCGUCUCUACCUUCGUUACCGUCUCCACCUAGACCACGGCUUGUCACGCCAUUAAUAGCUGAAUCGCCUCCACGCGCUAGAAGAACGGCGAGGCGACCGCUGUCUCCUCCCCCACCCUCAACCAACUGUGCGCCAUCUCUGCCACCCACCAUCGUUGCUCCUCCAUCACCACCACCUACGGCAGUCGAGACCACCAUUCGACCACCAUCAUCACCGUCGACAGUUGCAAGCCCUAGAUGGGGUAUUGAGGUUAGUCAUGUUUCGAGCCCCAAUUUGCCUGUUGAGGGAUUGACUACAUCCGAUUCUUUUGAGGAUGAAAACUUUGUUCCACCUCAAUCUCCCUUAACUGUUUUGAAUCCAUCAAGAAUGUAUUUUCUUACUUGGUAUGAUCACCCUUGCACACAAAUGCCUGAAGCCACUGUUUUGGCUGAUUCUAUGCCUCACAUAGAGGAUGAACCUGUUGGGCUUGAUCACAAUGAACCACAUGAUGGGGAAGAAGCUUUUGAUUCCCCAUACAUUGAGGCUGAUUUAGAAGCCGAUGUAAGGUAUUUGACGCCAAUUCCAACCAGAAAAAGAAAGAGUUUGGGAAAAGUUUUUGCAACUAGAUCACAAGUUGUGGAUAAGCACACUAGAAAGAGACCAAGGCGCACUCCACCUUCUGUCCAGUUAAGGCACACAGCCUUUGUGCCUAGAAAGUCACCCCGAAUGGCUACGGCAAGGCUUGAUGAAAAAGCCGGCCCUUCUCGGGUGAGAGCCACACACAGAAUAUUAAGUACUAAACCCGUUCCAAGGCCACAACAACUGUUUAAUGGGUUUAGUACUGAAGUAGCAUAG